AGUGUAUCGCAGGGAGGAGGGGGAGGAGACUCAUCAUGUCCGCUGGAAAAACAACAACUGACGGAGGCAACACUUUGGUCGGCUGCCUCCAUUCCCGCUGACAUUCGUCCAGAUAUUUCCUUCCCCUCAUCAUCACAUCUCAUCGUUCUGCUUCGCCACGGUAAAAAAAAUAAAUACAAAAUAAGAAGAGAUGAGUCAGACUGAGCAGGUGCUUGAGGUCACACCUGCUAACCUCAGUGACGACCCAGUGGAUUCAGCAGACACCCUCAAAGAGCACCCUCAGACGGGCAUGUUGGGCAGGUUGGCAGGGGGCUUGUACGGCGCCACCAAGGGGGCUUUAGGAGCGACCGUGGGCGGCGUGGUCUGGAUCGGCGGAAAGAGCCUGGACCUCACGAAGACGGCCGUCUGCUCGGUGGCCGCCGUGCCCGCGGCCGGCGUGGGCCUGGUCAAGGGAGGAGUGUGCGCCGUCGCCGGCGGCGUGACGGCCGUGGGCUCCGCCGUGGUCAGCCAAGUUCCCAUGGGAGGAGGCAAAAAGAAGGACAAGUCCGACUGAGGGGAGUGCGCACCUCCCACAUGUUGGCUACACAAGACUCAAAUUACUUUGGCGCGGGUUCUGUCCCUUGUGUGUUGACUUACAAUCAUCUCGUGGUCAAGAGCGAGGAAAGACUUGUUUGCUGUUAAAGGAAAACACAUUUAUUUUCACCGCAGGUGUGAAGUGGUCCAAUUAAAAGUGAUUUCACUGCACCAGCAAACCUUGAAUCUCAGCAGCUGGACAAUGGAUGACUGAGCAGGUCAGUACAGUACAUUCCUCCUCCUGUACAGUAUGUCAGUGCGUGUGGGCGACCUCUGGUGGCCAGAGUAGGAGAUACAACCUGUCACUUCCCCUCUCACUACCUUGUUGCUCCUUUUCAACUCCGCACGACACAAGCAUUGUGUGGCACUUUUUGGAAGCUGACUAAUAAAUGGUCGAAUCAA